GCGAUCUUAAGCUCUCAGCAUCCUCCUCUUCCCGCCGUCAAAGCAAAACCCUAGGAACCCCAUUUGCUCUCAGUUAGUGGAAAUGACAACAGUUCCAGGGCAACUUGUAUGGGAGAUCGUGAAGAAAAACAACUCCUUUUUGGUUAAGGAGUUUGGUAAUGGUACCGCCGGUGUUGUCUUCAGCAAAGAACCUAACAAUCUUUACAACCUUCACUCUUACAAACACUCUGGCCUAGCAAACAAGAAAACUGUGACUAUCCAGGCUGAGGGGAAAGAUAAGUCUGUGUUGCUUGCUACAUCGAAGACCAAGAAGCAAAACAAGCCUUCAACUUUGCUGAACAAAUCUGUGAUGAAGAAGGAAUUCCGCAGAAUGUCCAAGGCUGUAACCAACCAGGUUGCAGACAACUACUACAGGCCAGAUCUGAAGAAGGCAGCCCUUGCAAGGCUGAGUGCCGUGAACAGGAGUCUCAAGGUUGCCAAGUCAGGUGUGAAGAAGAAGAACAGGCAGGCGUAAGACUUCAUGCUAGGAAAUGCUAUGGCGAGUGACUUGCAACGCAUGGUCUUUUAAGUACCAAAGUUUUGUGUUUGAAUUUUAUCUUAUAUUUCUUUCCGAGGUAGCUAUUGGCGCAAGUAACAUUGUUUCUCUAGUUUUGACUCUUGAGCAAAUAUUGGCAUCGUUUAUCAGUUUAAAAAGAUCAUUUACGUUAAUGUAUGGUGUCUUGGACUUGGGGCAUUA